CGGGGGGGGGGGCCGUGCCUCGGCGUUUCUCUUCCCGCCGGGAUGGUGCAGGACCCGCGGGGUCGGCCGGUAGCCGAGCUGCUGCUGCAGGCGGGGGCGGCCCGCAGCAUCCUCUGCCUCUGCUCCCGCGCCUUCGUCGAAGAUCGAAAACUAUAUAAACUGGGAUUAAAAGGAUUUUAUGUCAAAGACGACAAUGACAGUACAGGGGGGGAACAAGCAUCCGAGGAGGAGAACCGUUUUCCCAACGUGACAUUAAAGGUGGAUACUAAUCAUGCUCUUGACCUGGAAGAAGUUGAACUAGAUUCAGAGGCCAAACUUAUGAAGAGUAUGGGAUUGCCUCUCCAGUUUGGUGGACACUCAGCCCACAGGGACUUAGUGGCAACAGAAAAUUAUAGAAAGAGAAGUAACAUGAAGAUUGUGAAAAAGAAAAAGAAGAAGAAAAAAGAGUUACAGCAAAAACAUGAAGAUAAAAUGGGGCAGGAAUGCCCGGAUCAAGCUUGUGGUGGUCAUAUCCAGUCCAUUUCUAGUGAGCAGGCCCUAGCUACAGAGCAGCAUGAGAAGAGCAGCAAACCUCAGGUUGUAAGUGAAGGGACCUGUGAAAGUUCAGAACAUCUUGCAAAUGAGGUUUUACCCAGCGAACUUAAAGAAAAAUGGGAGAAGUACUGGAGCGAGUAUGGAGAGGGCCUUCUCUGGCAAAGCUGGCUGGAGAAGCAUCAAGAAGUCUCAUCAGCUGAGGCAACCACUGCCUCUGAGCCUUGGAAUAGUCUGGAUACCAGGGAAGAGUGGGAGCAGCAUUAUAGUGAACUGUACUGGUAUUACUGGGAACAGUUUCAGUACUGGACAAGUCAAGGGUGGACUACUGAGAGCUCACAUGGUGACUAUGUGGAAGUUAAUGGGGUUACUCAGGAGAUGGGUCUUUUGGGAAAAAUGGACUUGAUUAACCCAGGGGCUGAAUUCAGUGAAGUGCUGAGCUUGGAGCUGCCUCCCUCUAACACCAGAAGUGAGAAAACACUCUCUUCAAGUGCUGAGCCCCACAGUGAAAUCAUCUCUGGGAUUUGUAACUUAAAUCUCAAUUUGGAGGAAGUGGAGCAGAGCAAAACAGAUCUAACAGUAGCGUGCCAAGGUCCUCGGGAGUGUAGUUCAUCUGAUAGUGAAAGCCAGACAGAGCCCUGUGAUGGAGGAACCAGGAAAAGGAGUGCAUCUUGUGAAAAUAAAAGUAUUAACCAAUCAGGCUCACAGGAGUCCUGUAGCUUGAAUUCAAAUGACAAAGAACAGUUGCUGCUUCGCGACCGAGAUGAAGAUGAGGAUGAAGAGCCUCCAGAAUACAGACAUGCCAAAGUCAAGAGAAGCCAUGAACUGGAUGUGGAUGAGAACCCAGUGGAAGAUCCUGAGGAAACCUGCUCUGUUCUGGGUUUCAAGUGUGGCACAGGACAAAAGUAUGGUGGAAUUCCGGAUUUCACUCACCGAAGUGUGCAGUACUUGGAGAAAAAAGCAAAACUCAAGUCCAAAUUCCUGGAUAUGCGUAAACCAAGGAAGAGCAAAAACACACACAUCUUCUUUACAGAAGAAUCUGAAAUGUCUUGCAAAAAAAAUAAAACUUUGAAGAAGGUGGAAGAGUUCCUAAAGCGGAUCAAUAAACCCGGGGAGGAAGCCGCCUGGCAGUCAGCCUGCCCUCAGGGUAAAGCAGAGGCACUGUCUGCGAGCAGCAGCGGCUCGGAGGAGGGGGAGAGCCUCACUGCUGCACUGAACGCUGAAAACCAAAAGCCGCUGUCCUCCAGCGCAGCCUCCGCAGAACCUGGCGGGAGAGACCUCGAGGGGGCAGCGGGGGAGGCGGCCGCGAGCGGCGCCGAUGGCCGGGGUGCAGGGCGGCAGCUCGUCUCUCGGGAUAUUCCCGAUUAUCUCCGGGCCCAGACGGAGGACACCAGCCAAGCUGUAGAUGAAAAAAUUACCACAAAGAAGAAGGAGAAAAAAAGACGAGGAAGGAAUAAAAUGGCACUGGGAGCUAUACCUGCCGAGAUUGCUGCUGAUCCAGAGCUGGCCAAGUACUGGGCACAACGCUACCGGCUGUUCUCUCGGUUUGAUGAGGGAAUUAAACUAGACAGAGAGGGUUGGUUUUCUGUUACUCCUGAGAAAAUAGCUGAGCAUAUUGCCGUCCGGGUUAGUCAGUCAUUCAGCUGCGAUAUCAUAGUGGAUGCAUUCUGUGGGGUCGGAGGAAACGCCAUUCAGUUUGCGUUGACCUCAAAAAGAGUGAUCGCCAUCGAUAUUGAUCCCGAGAAGCUCAGCCUGGCCCGCAACAACGCUGAGGUGUAUGGCGUGGCGGAUCAGAUAGAAUUUGUGUGUGGAGACUUCAUGGUGCUGGCUGCUGACCUGCAAGCAGAUGUUGUGUUCCUCAGCCCACCCUGGGGGGGCCCUGACUACGCCACCGCCGAAAUCUUCGAUGUCCAAACCAUGAUUUGCCCAGACGGAUUUGAAAUUUUCAGGCUCUCCAAGAAGAUCACAAACAAUAUUGUGUAUUUUCUACCUCGGAAUGCUGACAUUGACCAGGCAAGCUGAGGAAACAGACAGCAACGUGGGGAUUUGUGUCCCUGUCCUCCUCCUCACCUCACCUGCCUUGAUUCAGGAGACACGUGGGCAAGGACAAGCUGCAGCUCCUCAAGGAGAGGGGGCUUACUAGAGACUUCUGGAUCAACCCACAAGUCUCUGUGCAAUGUAUAUUCUGAAUCGCUCCUCUGUGAGAUAAACAGGGCCAGUCUGAGACCCCUGUCUGGGUCCAAGUGAAAACAUGUAGCUCAAAAAAUUGAAUUUUAUUUACACCAAUGGACAAACCUGUUUGGACAAACUGGUGUGUGUUUUUGAAGCCAGAUACUGAUAAUUUUUCUGAGUUCCACCUUACUCCAGUAACAAAAAGACCUAGCAGAAACACCAAAAUUUGGGUGUUGGGCCUGUAAGGAACUGAAAGAGUUAUUAGGGCUGUGACAGAUUUUAACAUCUUCUGUGCAGCAGAUCUUUAGACCACAUUGGGGUGUGUAUAUUUGUCAAGGAUUGACAGAAGGGUGCUUUGUUAAGAUAGGAGGCUCUUCCACACUGCUGUGAUAUAAUGGGUUGUUAGUGACUUGUCAGUUCAUGUUUUCAAUUACUGUUAUUACUGUUAUCUUAAAACUGUGGGUGUGUUUCUAAAAUUGCUUUAUAUCAGAUAAUAAGUAUACUCAUUCUUCAGUUACAGUAAUUAGCAUUCUGAAUUUGAUUCUGCCACCUCGAUUGCUCCAGGAGCUGGGACUGGUUACCGCAUACACAAAGCUCUUAGCUCUUUUCCCUAAAUAGAUUACAACCUCCCAGUUUUAACUCUUGAUGUCCCGAAGACCAUCCUUCCCGCCUCUGAUUUUUCCGUGGUUCAUUCCUGUCAUUUCUUCAGAGUUUCUCUCCCACCAAAUGAUGCAUCUUGCAAAGGAGUGCCUCUUUUUGACUGAAAUAAAAAUGCAGUCCCUAAGCAAUUCCCAUCCCUUGGCAUGCUGCUGUAGAGUACAUUUACUCGAAGCGUCUCUAAUGAACAGCUUCUGUAUUAGCCUCUCCUGAGCGUCUCUUACAUUUCCUACCAAUUGUGCAUGCAUUCCCCGGCCCCGAGAGGAGACACUUCUGGCCAUUGCCAGGCUACAGCCUGGAGCAGCCUGAAAAUGCCAUGCAUGUCCAUCUAGCUGAAAACAAAGCUGGUAAAGCAGUGGGUAGAGUACAGAAAAAUCUUGCUUUUAAAAACUGCUGGAAAAAAAAAAAAAAAAAAAAAAGUUGUCUCCAAACUAAAAAAAAAACAAAGGAGCAGAGCAAGUCAAUAAGAGCAAACAGAGGGGAGGAUUCCAUAGUGUGGCACUGCUGGAUGCAACCACAGCUUAAGGUAUAUUAUUAAACCAGAAAAAUGUUUUUCUGAAAAACUUACGGUAUUUCACUGGAAAAAGCUCUAAAGGGGCAUUUCAAAGGAAGAACAAACCAAAGAAAGAAAGAAGGGAAAAAAAAAAAACCUAGACCAGAUGAAACCUUGGAAGAUGAUCCACAAGGACUUGCAAUAAACAGAGGAAAAGAGAUUAGGUUAUCUAAUAGAAGUGACUGAGUAUUUUUAAAAGCCUUGUUAGGAUGGUGCAUAUGCAUUUUAUGGUCUACCUCCUGUCUGGGGAAUACAACUUUCUCAGAGAGAAUCAAAAUCUGCCUUUUUAAUAAUAGGGAGAUACCUAAAGCCCUGAAACUGUGGCACAGCCAGCUCUAUUUAACCAGUAAACUGUUGUCCUCCUCACUGGACUACAUUUGCAUAUCAUUCAGUAGCUAAAGCCUGUUUGCCUUGUUACCCAGAAGUUUUCAGCUCACCUAUUGACAGACGAAGGAUCUCGGCUGGUUUUCUUACAGCAUGGAAAUAAAGGAGCUGCUGGCAGAUAUUCAUUAUGACAAGCCAUCAGGUUUGAAGCUCACUUCACACCUCGGCUUUGCCAUCAGCCAAGUCCCUUCACCUUCCAGGCCCACUGCAAAGCCUGUGCUUUUCUCACCGCUGCUGGGGGGGGGUUCUGUCUGUGCAAUAGCUCAAAUUUCUCGAAUAGAAAAAGUAUCCUCCAUUUAACUGCCAAUGUGGGGGGAGGUGAAGUGGCCGUAUUGGAGCGCAGGACAGAGCCAGGUCUGCCGGUCGCUGCCCGGGUGUGUUUGCACACAGGACACCUUGCUCCAAGACAAAGCUGCAAACCGGCGUGUGGCUUUACUAAGGUGCAGAAAGAGCCAAACUGACUUUCUGUUAAAUGUGACAAGGUUAGGACAUACUGGGUUUGUUUUUAAGGAAAAAAAUAUACAAAUGAUCCUAUUUCUAGCACAUUUAUUUGAUUUCUAGCAGGUCUACUUGUAGCGAGUGCUUCCACCAACACUAGGCAAUAGCUCCCACACCUACCAAUGGUCCACUUACUGCGUACAAGCAACACAUCCUCCUUUCUGUGGUAAUUGGGUGUAUUGAAAAUGCAAACAGUAACCAGAUAAUAAAGGUGAACUCAAACCCCUUCUCCUGUCUUGCCUGCUGCCAAGGGUCACACUGUAGACGUGCUGAACUCAGACGCUUUCCCUUGUUUUUUUAUGUGCUGGGGACACCUGCCCUGGGGUGCAAGAAAUGCCAUGGAAGCCAUUUAACUCUCCCCCGAAGGCUUCAUCCCAAAAUAAAGCCCCUGUCUUCAGGAAAACAGUGCCAACCCGUUACACACUGCUGUUGAGGGAGAUUGUAGCUCAUUAAGAUGCAGUGAGUCAUAUGUUUGAAAAUGUUAUUAAAACUUUUUUCAAUCAUUCAUGAAAUCUCUUUUAAUGCAGUAUAAAGCUUGAUAAUGUCUGUGGUUGUACUUUGACCCGAUGAAAGCUCUGAAUGGAAACUUAUACAGUAGGUAAUAUUUACUCUGGCAGUCUGUCAGUAGGCAAUGUCGACUGCUUUUAUUGCUCUGUGGAAUAAAAGUUUUGAAUUUUG